AAUUCACGCGUCUUGAUAUCGAUAGGCCCAUUCGAGUUCUUUUUGCUUAUUUUUUCAUUCCGGCUGAAAAAAUCUUGUUUUUCUCGGUUUAAUUAAAACAAACGCCGACAAAAUGGACUUGCGCCCCAACCAGACCAUCUACAUCAACAACCUGAACGAGAAGAUCAAGAAGGAGGAGCUGAAAAAGUCGCUAUAUGCAAUUUUCUCACAAUUCGGCCAAAUCCUGGACAUUGUGGCACUGAAAACGCUAAAGAUGCGCGGCCAGGCAUUUGUCAUCUUCAAGGAGAUCGGCAGCGCCUCGAAUGCACUGCGAACAAUGCAGGGUUUCCCGUUCUACGACAAACCCAUGCGCAUUGCCUACUCCAAGUCCGAUUCGGAUCUGGUGGCCAAGCUGAAGGGUACAUUCAAGGAGCGUCCCAAGAAGAUAAAGCCUCCGAAGCCUACAGUGGGUGCUGAGGAUAAGAAGGACAAGAAAAAGAAGCCAACCAGCACUGAGAACUCGAAUCCGAAUACACAGACCGAACAGCCGCCCAAUCAAAUUCUCUUCCUCACCAAUCUGCCGGAGGAGACCAACGAGAUGAUGCUCUCCAUGCUGUUCAAUCAGUUCCCUGGCUUCAAGGAGGUGCGUUUGGUGCCCAAUCGUCAUGAUAUCGCCUUUGUGGAAUUCACCACCGAGCUGCAGAGUAAUGCCGCCAAGGAGGCGCUGCAGGGCUUCAAGAUAACACCAACGCAUGCCAUGAAAAUCACCUUUGCCAAAAAGUGAGCUCCAUCAUACACAAGCUAAGUGUGUAAGGAUUGGCAUUAGCUCGCUGGCUAAGCAAACUUCCCAUCUAUUUGCUUUUGGCGGCGUCGGCGAGCUAGUCUAUUUUUUUGUAACGCUCCUAAUUUUAAAAUUCUAGAAUAAAUAUAUAUGAGUAUAUAUAGAAACAAA